AUGAGAACGAAUCCAGGAAGUGUGUUUGGAUUAGAUAUGGAUGAAAGUAGUGGGUGUUUUCGGAGGUUGUUUGUGGCAUUUCAUGGUUGUUUGUAUGGCUUUCAAUUUUGUCGUCCGUUGUUGUUUGUUGAUGGUACAUUCUUGAAGGGGCGUUACAAGGGGAAUUUGCUUGCAACAACAUCAAAGGAUGGUAAUCAAGGUGUGUUUCCUUUAGCUUUUGCGAUUGUUGACGCUGAAAAUCAAGAUAAUUGGAUGUGGUUCUUAAGUCAGUUGUUAAAGGCUGUUGGUUCAAGUCGGAGAUUGACCUUUGUGACAGACCGUCAACAUGGAUUGCUAGAUGCUCUUUCAGUGGUUUUUCCCAAUGCACAUCAUGCAUAUUGCUUGAAUCAUUUGAAGAGAAAUUUGAUUGAAAAAUUGGUGGGAUUUCGUACUAACUAUAAGCUGAGUUUGAUAAAAAUAUUAGUUAAAUGUGCUUAUGUGUCAACGGUUGCUUCUUUCCAACAUUAUAUGGAGAAAUUGAGGCGUAUUGUUGGGAAUGGUAGAGUUGAUAGUAUGUUGGAUGGUUUGCAAAAUGAUAAGUGGGCGAAUGCAUUUUUUAAAGGGAAACGAUAUGGUGAGAUGUCAUCUAAUGCUGCCGAGUAUUACAAUAAUUGGAUUGGUGGGGCCCGUGAGUUGCCUAUUACUUGUAUGGUUGAUAUGAUUAGGGUUCAAAUCAUGGCUCAAUUGUCAAAUAGAAGAGCUGAAUCUAAAAGAUGGACUACAAAAUUGUGUCCAGUUAUGGAAAAGAAGUUGGUGGACUCUUUGGAGCUAGCUAAGUCUUGCGAUGUGAUUGUUGCUAAUGAUACUGUGCUUGAGGUUCAUUCUUCUAUUUCUUUUUAUGUUGAUAUUGAUUGUUUUAGAGAGUUAUACAAGGAAUCUGUUUAUCCAGUGCUUUCAAGUGAGAGAUUUGACUUUGAUGAUGCCGGUAGUUCGAUUAUCAAACCUCCUAUAACGAAGACGCAGCCCGGGCUGAACAAGAAGAAGAGGAUACCUUCUAAGGUUUUAAGAAGCAUUAGAAACAAGCUUUACUGUAUGAAAAUAUAUGCAACCACAAACAAGUACACAAACAAUCAGAAGAACAACCACAAUAAUAAUAACAAGAAGAAGAGCAACAACAACAUCAAUAACAACAAUCAUUUUCACCAUAAUAAUCAGAAGAAGAUCAUUCCCAAAAUGCUCGAGUUUCCAAGAUUGGUUCUCAUCAUUGAGGAAUUGACUGAUGAUUUCUGCUUGAAAUUUGACCCACUCAGUUGGUCGAAGUGA